GUUCGUCGCCCGGCCAACGCCUUCAUGCUCUACCGCUCUUGGCUUCUGAAGUCGGGCCAAAUCCCCAAGAACGUCGAGAAGCGCCAGCAGAACAUCAGUCGCGUCGCCGGGGAGUGCUGGAACCUCUUGUCCAUGGAAGAGAAGGGGGAAUGGCAUGACAAAGCGGAGAUCGUUAAGAUUGAGCACGCACUGCUGCACCCCGAGUACAAGUUCACGCCU